CUCUUCUCCCAAGGCACAACAACACUUUUCUUUCUUCACUUCUGCCCAUUAGGCUGAACCCUUCUUUGCACCUGUGUGAGGCUGUGAUCAGACUGUAAUUGAAGGGCGGGGCGAAUAACCAUGGAUGAUAAGGAUAUCUCCCUUGAAGCUAUCAACAAGGAAACUGUGGAUCUGGAGAACAUCCCAGUGGAAGAAGUCUUCCAGAAGUUGAAUUGUACCAAAGAGGGACUGACUGGCGAUGAAGUUCAGCAAAGGCUGCAAGUCUUUGGUCACAACAAACUCGAAGAGAAACAUGAAAGCAAAGUCCUCAAGUUUUUGUCUUUCAUGUGGAAUCCACUCUCAUGGGUUAUGGAAGCAGCUGCUAUCAUGGCAAUUGCUCUUGCACAUGGUGAUGACAAACCUACAGACUACCAUGAUUUUGUUGGGAUCAUUCUGCUGCUAAUCAUCAAUUCAACCAUCAGUUUUAUAGAAGAGAACAAUGCUGGAAAUGCUGCUGCUGCUCUCAUGGCUCGCUUAGCACCAAAGGCAAAGAUUUUACGCGAUGGGAAGUGGAAUGAGGAAGAUGCAGCUGAAUUGGUUCCUGGAGAUAUCAUUAGCAUCAAGCUAGGUGAUAUCAUUCCGGCUGAUGCUAGACUUCUUGAAGGAGAUCCUCUCAAAAUUGACCAGUCUGCUCUUACAGGAGAGUCGCUUCCAGUAACUAGAGGCCCUGGUGGUGUGAUAUACUCGGGCUCAACAUGCAAGCAAGGUGAGCUCGAAGCAAUCGUGAUAGCCACUGGAGUACACACCUUCUUUGGCAAGGCAGCUCAUCUCGUUGACAGCACUACCCAUGUCGGCCAUUUCCAAAAGGUCUUGACUUCAAUCGGGAACUUCUGCAUCUGUUCAAUUGCUGUUGGGAUGUUAAUCGAGAUCAUAGCUAUAUACGGCUUCCAACAAAGAAGUUACCGGACUGGGAUAGACAACCUUUUGGUUUUACUCAUUGGUGGCAUCCCUAUUGCCAUGCCUACAGUUCUUUCAGUUACUAUGGCCAUUGGUUCUCAUCGCUUGUCUCAGCAGGGUGCCAUCACUAAGAGGAUGACAGCUAUUGAGGAAAUGGCAGGAAUGGAUGUUUUGUGUAGUGAUAAGACAGGCACUCUCACUCUUAACAAACUCACUGUGGACAAGAGCAUGAUAGAGGUCUUUGCAAAGGGCGUUCAGCAAGAUGAUGUUGUUCUGAUGGCUGCUAGAGCUUCGAGGUUGGAGAAUCAAGAUGCUAUUGAUGCGGCCAUUGUUGCCAUGCUAGCUGAUCCAAAAGAGGCGCGAGCUGAGGUUACAGAAGUUCAUUUCCUGCCCUUCAAUCCAACUGACAAGAGGACAGCACUGACUUACCUAGACAAUUCUGGCAAGAUGCAUCGAGUCAGUAAAGGCGCCCCGGAGCAGAUUCUCAAUUUGGCAUACAACAGAGCAGACAUUGCCAACAAGGUACAUGGAAUCAUCGACAAGUUUGCAGAGCGUGGACUACGAUCACUAGGGAUUGCCCGACAGGAUGUUCCUGACAAUAACAAGGAAAGUUCAGGUGGACCAUGGGAGUUUGUUGGCCUGCUACCACUCUUCGAUCCUCCGCGACAUGAUAGUGCUGAGACCAUCAGAAGAGCUCUUGAUCUUGGUGUUGGUGUCAAGAUGAUCACUGGUGAUCAGUUGGCCAUAGCAAAGGAGACAGGAAGGCGGCUUGGCAUGGGAACCAACAUGUAUCCUUCAUCAUCUUUGCUUGGAGAGAGCAAAGGGACAGGGUUUGAGUCUCUACCAGUUGAUGAGCUCAUUGAAAAUGCUGAUGGUUUUGCUGGUGUUUUCCCUGAACACAAGUAUGAGAUAGUGAAGAAACUUCAAGCCAAGAAGCACAUUGUUGGGAUGACUGGCGAUGGAGUGAAUGAUGCACCAGCACUGAAGAUUGCAGACAUUGGAAUUGCCGUGGCUGAUUCAACUGAUGCGGCUCGUGGGGCUUCUGAUAUUGUGCUCACUGAGCCAGGGUUGAGUGUGAUCAUUAGUGCUGUCUUGACCAGCCGUGCAAUCUUCCAGAGGAUGAAGAAUUACACGAUAUAUGCAGUAUCCAUCACAAUCCGUAUAGUUAUGGGAUUCAUGCUGCUCACUUGCUUCUGGGAAUUUGAUUUCCCUCCCUUUAUGAUCCUCAUCAUUGCCAUCCUGAAUGAUGGUACCAUAAUGACAAUUUCCAAAGACAGAGUGAAGCCAUCACCAGUGCCAGAUAGCUGGAGGCUGAGUGAGAUCUUUGCAACUGGAAUCGUAUUAGGAGGAUACCUAGCCAUUAUGACUGUCAUCUUCUUCUGGGCAGCUUAUGAAACCAACUUCUUCUCGGUACACAGAAUCACAGCCAACUCCUUCAUCCAACUUCAUGAAAACACACAAUUUUCUUUCGUUUCUUCAAUGAUCUCGAAAUCAACUUGCUUCCAAAUUUCUGCCUGCAGGAGCACUUCCACGUACCAAGCUUGAGAAAGAGUCACUACAACACGUCAGACCCAGAUGUGGUUGAUUUGCUUAACAAGAAGCUAGCAUCUGCUGUUUACCUUCAGGUCAGCACAACCAGCCAGGCUCUGAUCUUCGUGACUCGUUCCAGAAGCUGGUCCUUUGUUGAAAGGCCUGGUAUGCUUUUGAUGAUCGCCUUCAUCAUUGCCCAGUUGGUAAUUUUCUCUCCUUAAUCACUCUUUCUUGUCAACUUUCCUGGAUGAUGUGUUCACAACACAUGCAUGCUGACGUGUUUUCAGAUAGCGACGGCGAUAUCAGCAUUAGCAAACUGGGGUUUCGCCGGCAUCCAUAGCAUCGGCUGGAAAUGGACUGCCGUCAUUUGGGUUUACAACAUUGUGACAUACAUGCUUCUUGAUCUCAUCAAGUUCGCUGUCCGAUAUUGCUUGAGCGGUAGAGCUUGGGGACUCGUCUAUAACCAAAGGACUGCAUUGACCACACAGAAGGACUUUGGAAGGGAAGCUAGGGAAGCAGCAUGGGCGACUGAGCAGAGAACACUGCACGGCCUGCAAUCCGCAGAUUCGAGGCCUAUUCACGACAAGAGCAGCUACAGGGAAAUCAGCAUGGUUGCUGAAGAAGCCAAGAGGCGUGCUGAGAUUGCCAGACUGAGAGAGCUGCACACACUGAAGGGCAAAGUGGAGUCGUUUGUGAAGUUGAAGGGAUUGGACAUUGAAGUGAACCCACAUUACACAGUCUAAUCAAGGAGACUACUUCCAGUGAAGUAGAACUGCUGAUGGUCUAAUUCACUAUGAAUGAAACUUCUUUGUUCUCACUCUUCUUCUUACAUGUAUUAUCAAGAAUGGAUUUUUCUUGUGGGUUGUGAAUAAAUAGUUCCUUUUUCCCAACUAAGAUUAAUAAUACACUUUUGCUGGAGUAGUAAACUGAUAGUGUCAAAAUUGUAAGAUAUGCCU